UUACUUUUGCAUUUCAAAAACUCACAACAUUACAUUUAUGUGUGAACCCGAGGUGGUUUGGUGCAUGUAAAAAAAAAAAGUGUGUUCGUCUAGAAUAUAGGUUAUUUCACCAUCCAUCCACCUCUACACUACUCCACAAAUUUUGGGGGGAAAUUGUCCUCAAGUACGUAAGACCCGUUCAGAAUACGGCAAAAGCAGAUCACAUGGGAAUGGAGAUAGCCUAUAUAGAGGCCUGGUGAAACAGUUACCUGAAAACAAGAGGCUUAUGAGUUGCUCGCCAGUUUCCCCUCUUCUUAAGAGUGAAUCGGAAAGCUUUUCUUUACCGUUUAUUUACAAUGGCAAACGCACUCAUCGAGAAUAUGUAUCUAAUUAAAGACCUCAAAGCUGGAGUAAAAAAUAUUAAUUUAGUUUUUAUAGUACUGGAAACUGGUAAGUCAAUCUUCAAUGGAAAACGUUUGCUUUUGACGACCAAACAGGGGCUGUUUGUUGCAGCAUUGCAUGAUGUCUAGAGACUCUUAACUACAGAUUACACAGUUUGUGGCAAACAAGAUUGCAAUGGUUAACACAUCGAAAAGACAGACUACUGUUUGUUUUGCAAAAUACGCAUGCAUAUACUUUUAAGUGUGUUCUCCAUUUCUGUGGUUCUUUAUGUAUCAGGUCGAGUGUCUAAGACGAAAGAUGGUCACGAAGUGCGUUCAUGUAAAGUGGCUGACAGGACCGGAAGCAUUACCAUAUCCGUGUGGGACGAGGUGGGCAGCCUCAUACAACCAGGAGAUAUUAUCCGACUCAGUCGCGGAUAUGCAUCACUCUUCAAAGGCUGUCUUACGCUGUAUAUUGGGAGAACAGGGGACCUCCAGAAGAUUGGGGAGUUCUGUAUGGUCUUCUCAGAGGUACCAAAUUUCAGUGAACCCAACCAAGAGGUGCUGGCAAAAAUCAACCAAAUAAACAACACACAUGUCAAAUCAGAAGCUCAGAGCAACACACCUGGUAUUCAAAAUCCUGGAACACCUGCUGGACCUACAGCAAAGGACUCCACUGUGUUUUUUCCUUCUUCUGUCACUCGAGAGAACUCAUAUGGUGCAAGUGCUCAUCAACUGAAUCAUAUCCAUUGGAAAAGUGGCAGUCAUUCUCCAGUUUCAGGUGGAGGACAGGGACCAAAACCCAACAUUACCAUCACUAAUGGAAGGGAUCCUCGUCGAGUCCUAAAGAGUUGAGCAUGAUAUCUCACAUAACUUUCACAGCAUUUUGGGUCUGUUUCAUUUUCUAUGCCUGAGUUAAUGCUGUUUCUUUCUCAAUUUCUUUUUCAUUUUUCCCCCUCGCUAAAGAAACUGUUAUUUGUUUAAUUAAGCUUUACUUUUUCUCUGGAGAAGAGGAUAUUUUGCAGAUCAAAAAAAUAAAAUGAGUAAAAAAUAUAAAAAACUUAAUUAUAUAAAAAAAAACUUAAUAUAAUAUUGUGCUUUUCCAAAUAAAGUCACAUAAAAUCAUGAAUUUAUGCUUUCAUAAUAAGUUUAGUCUAUUUAUAGAUCUUUUUGUAAACUUAGUAUUUUUUGUUUCUGAACAUGCUAUCCAGA